AUGGAACGGGCGGACAGCGACCUGCAGGCGCUUCUGGGUCCCGGAGCGUCCAUCCGGCGUCUGAUGGGCGUCUGGUGGUCCCAGGGCCGGUGCGGCCGUAUCUGCUCCGCCGCCUCAGCCUCCGUCACGCUCAGCUCUUUCGUCUGGCUGUCCACAUUCACUGGACUCAAGCUCGUACUGGAUCCACCGCAACAGCUCGAGGACAUCGCACUCUGCUGUUUCGUUAUUGUUCUCUGUUCCGGAUUUCUUGCCAAGGUCGUGUUCUUCAUCUAUAAAAGUGACGCCCUGCGAGAGCUGCUGCAGCUGCUGUCCGACGCCAGGAGAAACUACGGGGACGGCAAAAGCAGUCGGAGCAUCCGGCGCCGAUACCAGAAGCUGUCACGGCGCCUGUACCUCUGCAUGCAGGUGGCUGUGCUCCAAGGACUCGCCGCGUGGGUUUCCACGCCUGUGUUGGUGCGCGUCUUCCUCAGCUCUGACCACAACUCGCUUGAAUCUGCUCGCCAGUUCCCCGUACCCCUGUGGUUCCCUGGAAAUAUGUACUCGUCACCAACGUAUGAAAUACUCUAUAUUCUUCAAGCUUUCAGUCAGCUGGCAGCGACUCAGUCUUCGCUUUGCGUAGACGCCUUUUUCAUUCACAUGAUUCUGUUGGUAGCAGCCGAACUAGAAGUUCUGAACGAAAAUAUCUCAACUAUGCAAAAGAUUCAUCUUUCGUUUCAAGAAACGGAAUAUCAAGAACAUUGGACUAUAACUAAAUAUAAAGAACGGACCAUAGAAAAUGGUUACCUUCAUACAACUGCGUACCUGUCGUCAGAGGACUUCUCAGGCGAAAUGUACCUACAGUUGGUCAAUAACAUUCAGCAUCAUCACGUAAUUCUCAGAUCUGUCUCCCUUUUGCAGAGAGUAAUGACUAUAUCAAUCUUCAUCCUUCUUUUCGUCAACAUGGCGGACUUGUGUUCGUGUAUAUUUGUUACCGCUGUGAGUGAGAAGCUGGUCGACUCGGCUGUCAGCUGUGGCUGGGCCGACUGUGACGCCCGCUUCAAGAGGAGCCUCCUGGUCUUCAUGACGGUGGCCGCGAAGCCUCUGGAUAUCACGGUGGGCAAGUUGUGCAAGCUGUCCAAGCAGAUGCUGUUGCAGGUGCUGAAUGGGACAUAUGGCUUGUUGAACUUGCUGUUAUCAUUUUCGUAG